AUGUCCGCCUCCUUCCCCAAGCCCAAGUUCAUCACUGGCGGCUGCCUCUGCAACAGCCUACGCUACCGCGUCAAUUUCCCCGACGAUCACGACUUUGAAGCUUCAUUCGGCACCUGCCAAUGCACCCAAUGCCGCAAGCAGUCCGGGUCGCUCUUCUUCACCUGCCACAUCAUCAAGCCCGCCAGCACCCAGUUCAAGUUCACCUCGCCGACUACCACCCUCAAGACCUUCCGCGCCAGUCCAGAGGCGGAGCGUGUCUUUUGCGGUGAGUGCGGCUCGUGGAUUUACUGGAAGCACUCAGACAAGGACUAUCUGUGCUUCACCAUCGGCACCGUUGAUCCCCUGUAUCUGUUUGGGGAAGGGGCGGAUGGUGUUGAGGUGCCCAAGGGGGGAUUUGGGCUUGCAUUGGCGAGCGGAGCCGGGGAGCAUGUUUGGGUUGGGAAUGAGAUCAAGGGGGUGACGGACACGAUUGAGUUGCUUGGGCGGAAUGGGGGUAAAAGGAUCGUUGAUAGCGGUGAGUGA